AUGGUCGUAACCUCGGUUGAUGCUGAGAACGGGAUAUCCCACCGCACACCAGGCUGCCCAAGAAUGCAUAUAGACCUUCCUCUUGGCGCCUUGAAUCAGCGUAUUGCGUUUCUUUUUAUCAUCGCUCGCAGGUUCGGCCGUAUUCUUCGAAACUUUCGUCUCCGUCUUUGUUGGGUUUUCCUCCCAAACCAGUGCUGUUAUUUGAAUAUUGCUUGCUGGCCAAGCAUUCUCCGGAGACAUCCUUUGAAUUACCGUUUUGUCGACCGUUUCUCCCUCUCUUCCAACAUCAUGCAUCUGAUCAAGUCGAUCCUUUUCGCAUCUUUGGCUGCCUGUAGCACGGCGAUGCCCAGCCGAAGACAGACCAACGUCUUGCAGGUCCAGGACUACGCGCAGUUCCAGAUUUCCGAUGGAGUUGCAGGAAACGCACUCCAAGAGGUCGCCGAAAAGUUCCCGGUUGAGCAAUUUCGGGCGAACCUAGCUGGAGUCAGUCAACAGGAUUUGGAGAUCCUCAAAGCCGCACGGGAGACAGCAGAAGCCGCCGAAACAGACGCGGGCGGUUUCAAUGACGCCAUCGCCCAGGUCGGAGAGGAUAGUGAUGAUGGAAAGGCGCUGCAAACUGGAAAGAUCAAGAACAAAGUGCUGAAGCUGGAACUUCAGGUGCUUGCUCUCCAAAUUGAGCAGGCUCAAGGCGAUGAUAACCAGGAGAAAAUCGAUGAGGAGCAGCAGAAGCUAGAUAAGAAUGUGGCCACGGACAAGGAGAGCGCGGGCGACCAAAGCCAAAGCGUCAACUUUCAGGGUUCGUCACAGCCAUGA